AUGGUGAAUCUUACUCGACAACCACCACCACCACCUCCUCCACCACCCUUCGGGCCCAUUACUUCUCGGUUUGCUGGAAAUUUUAUCCAAAGACUAACUAGAAGUCAACCAAUUCCUACUGAACCACCACCGUCAUGUUCACGGCCACCGCUGCCACCACGGUCACUACCACCGCCACCACCACCUAUUCCACCACCGUCAACACCAUUUGGGCCAAGUCUUCCUCUAAGGCAUUUAAUAAUGAGUAGAAGAAGAAAAAAGUUGUACCACAAAUACAUGUUGACCUGGUACAUGCUCACCCUCAUGAUGCGCCAAAAACUCCAAACAAGAAACAAGAAACCCGAAGAGACACGCGAAGAAUGGGUGAUUUCGAUCAAAGAAAAGAUGGAUCAAGCACUUAGAGACGACGCAACAACUAGCUGGGACAAGGUCUGUAUCUAUAGAGUUCCACACUACCUUCAAGAAAACGACAAGAAGUCUUAUUUCCCUCAAACUGUCUCUCUUGGUCCGUACCACCAUGGCAAGGAACAUCUAUUGCCCAUGGAACAUCAUAAAUGGCGUGGGGUCAAUAUGGUCAUGAAACGCACCAAGCACCACAUUGAAAUGUAUAUUGACGCUAUGAAAGUGCUUGAGGAGAAGGCUCGUGCUUGUUACGAAGGUCUUCUUUGUUUGAGCAGUAACAAGUUCACAGAAAUGAUGGUUCUUGAUGGUUGUUUUGUUCUUGAGAUCUUCAGAGGAGCCAAUAACGAUAAAGGAUUCUUAGAACUGGGAUAUGGCCGUAACGAUCCGGUCUUCGCGAUGAGAGGAUCGAUGCAUUCAAUUCAACGUGACAUGGUAAUGCUGGAAAAUCAACUUCCUUUGUUCGUACUCAACCGGUUAUUAGAGCUACAACUUGGUGCGCAAAACCAAACCGGUUUAGUGGCGCAAUUAGCGAUUCGGUUCUUCAACCCGCUAAUGCCAUCCGAUAAGACAUCAACCAGAACCGACCAAGCAGAAAUCGAAAACUCGCUAGACAAGGAUAAUAAUUUUUUUAACCCAAUUGCUGACAAGGACAAGGAAGAGCUACAUUGUCUUGAUGUUUUCCGUCGAAGUUUGCUCCGGCCUAGUCUAAAACCGGAGCCGAGGUUAUCACGAACCAGAUGGUCGUGGAAAAAGCGCGUGGCGGACAAGCGCCAGCAACAGUUAAUACACUGCGUGACGGAUCUAAGAGAGGCCGGUAUUAAAUUCAAGAGAAGAGAAACCGACCGGUUUUGGGAUGUUAAGUUCAAAAACGGUUAUCUGGAGAUACCCAAACUACUUAUCCAUGAUGGUACCAAAUCUCUCUUCUCGAAUCUCAUAGCUUUUGAACAAUGCCAUAUCGACUCAAACAACGACAUAACAUCCUACAUCAUCUUCAUGGACAAUUUAAUAGAUUCUGCUGAAGAUGUUAGCUAUUUGCACUACUGUGGUAUCAUUGAACACUGGUUAGGAAAUGAUUCUGAAGUUGCGGAUUUGUUCAACCGGCUAUGUCAAGAAGUGGCUUUCGACCUUCAAAAUAGUUAUUUAUCUGAAUUGUCGAAUAAGGUUAACCGUAAUUAUAGCCGAAAGUGGAAUGCUGUGAAAGCGACCUUGAAGCACAAGUAUUUCAAUAAUCCUUGGGCAUAUUUCUCUUUCUUUGCAGCAGUUAUUCUGCUAAUUCUCACAUUAUUUCAGAGUUUUUUCACCGCCUAUGCUUAUUUCAAACCACCUUCUUAA